AUGGAGUAUUCUCGGGUGGGCCGCGCCGGACUAAAGGUGUCCAAGAUCAUUCUGGGAGGCAUGUCCUUUGGAAGCAGUGAAUGGCAGGACUGGGUCCUUGACGAGAAGUCCUCUCUGCCCAUCAUCGAACAUGCCUACAAAGCGGGCAUAAACACAUGGGACACUGCAGAUAUCUAUUCCCAUGGAGAAAGCGAAAGGAUCCUGGGACAGGCAAUCAAAAAGCUCAAAAUUCCUCGCGAGAAUAUAGUGAUUAUGACAAAGGCGUAUUUUGCCCUGAGUCAAGACGGUCACCAGAUCCCUUUGACCGAGUGCAUGGUGAACAACGGGCAUCUAACAAAUAGAGUUGGAUUGAGUCGCAAGAAAUUGUUCGACGCCGUGGAUGCUUGUGUAGAACGGCUCGGCACCUACAUCGAUAUCUUCCAAAUCCACAGGCUUGACAGAGAUGUGCCCAAGGAGGAACUAAUGCGGACGCUCAAUGAUCUGGUGAACUCUGGAAAAGUGCGCUAUAUCGGUGCCAGCUCGAUGUCAGCGUGGGAAUUUCAGCAACUACAGGCAAUCGCCGACAAGAAUGGCUGGCACAAAUUCAUCAGCAUGCAAAACUAUUUGAACCUGCUGUAUCGAGAAGAGGAGCGAGAAAUGCUGCCAUACUGUGAAGAUACCGGCGUUGGAAUCCUGCCCUGGUCACCCCUGGCAGGAGGUAUGCUCGCACGCCCUUGGGGUUUAACCACUAAACGAGAUGAGACCGAUCAGCAUAAACUCCCCCAUGGGAUGGUGGAAGUACAGAAAAUCAUUGUCGAGCGCGUUGAGGAGCUUGCACGGAAGAAGGGCGUGCCCAUGAGUGCUAUAUCCACCGCCUGGGUUCUGCGGAAGGGUGCUUGUCCCAUCUUAGGGUUGACUUCAAAGGAAAGAAUCGAUGAUGCGGUCUUGGCUUUGCAGGUCAAUUUGACGGAUGAAGAGGUAAAGUAUCUAGAGGAGCCGUACCUGCCACGGCCUGUUACUGGAUAUUAG